CUCAUGAUCUUGGUGUAAAGCUGAGAGACUAGUCAUAAGGUUCAUUAGCAAUGCUACAUACCUGCAUUGGUGCUUACUCAAAUGCAUGAGCUAUUGCUAGGAUUGGAAGAACUUCACCAUGGCUUUCUUUUUUUAACGGGUACAUGGCAGUAGCUCGCAUACAGGCUGGAAAGCCUUCUUUGAGCGCCUUAGGUUGACGAUGAGCAGCUCUUUGGCAACACAUAUAGGACGCCGGCGCUUUGAGACUCCGCUUCUUGACUCAAUCGGUUGCGUUGUACUUGCUCCCACAACUUUGAACUUCAACCUUGUGUCGAACCUACUAAAAGUGUUCCUAUACUGACGUGGAGCCGUCUUUUAAACAUGCGACUUUCAAUACUCGCCUUUCUCGGCGUUAGCGCUGCCUCUUUUGCGCAAGCCAGAUCCACCUCCCGCUUAACUGACCCCGGUUUAGACCGGCAAACUGCCGACGACCUUCAACGGCUGGCUAGUCUCGCGCAGGCUGCCUUCGAAGAUACCAAGUCGCAGAUCGAAACCGGUGAGGUCCGGAAGCGUGGGGGUACUUGCACAUGGAACAAUGUUCGAGUCCGCAGGGAAUGGGGCUCGCUGAGCAGAAAAAACAAGCUCGAUUACAUCGAAGCGGUCAAAUGUCUGCAGUCUAAGCCUUCUCGCACCCCGUCAUCAGAGGCGGCAGGUGCGAAGACAAGGUUUGAUGACUUUUUGGCAACCCACAUCAACCAGACCACGACCAUACACUACACUGGUAACUUCUUGUCUUGGCAUCGAUACUUCACCUGGUUGUACGAAGAAGCUCUCCGCAACGAGUGCGGCUACCAAGGCACCCAGCCGUACUGGGACUGGUCCAAGACAGCAAUCACAGGUAUGGAAAAAUCGCCCAUCUUCGACGGGAGCGAAACUUCCAUCUCUGGAAAUGGCGAGUUCAUCCCUGGGCGUGAAUCGAUUGUGCUCGGAGCUGCACAGGGCCUACCCCCGAUUUACCUUCCUGUAGGUACCGGCGGGGGAUGCGUGACCUCGGGGCCCUUUAAGGAUAUGGUUGUCAACCUUGGCCCUGCUGCCCUCGACUUGCCCGGUGGCGUUGUUGAGUCGAGUCCCGGGGGACCCCUCUCUUAUAACCCUCGCUGCCUCAAGCGUGAUCUAACGACGGAGGUCAACCGUGUCUUCGCCAACAUCACCUCCGUGCUGUCCAACAUCCUUCAGCCCCAAAAUGUAUACGACUUUCAAAUGCAAAUGCAAGGUGUCCCAGGUAGUGGCAGCAUUGGUAUGUUCAUUUUUAGUCCAUGCGGUUUCAUGAUGACAAAAUCACUUCUGACCGAUAUUGUGCUAGGCAUUCACGGUGGCGGUCAUUACGCUCUUGGAGGAGAUCCUGGAAGAGACGUCUUCACUUCGCCAGGUGACCCGGUUUUCUACUUUCACCAUUCUAUGAUUGACCGAGUAUGGUGGAUGUGGCAGAUGCUUUCGCCUCGGGAGAGACAAUACGGCGAGACUGCUCUUGCCGGAACCAACACGUUUUUGGAUCAGCCUCCCAGUGCCAACGCGACCAUGGAUGAUUUCUUGGGGUAUGGAUACGUUGACGCAGAACCCAUCAAAAUCCGGGACGCUAUGAGCACUGUUGCAGGACCGUUCUGCUACGUAUAUCUUUGAGGAGGAUCGGCUCCUUUCCGUGACAGUCGCUUAUGAUCUCAUGAUCACUGUUGGCAAACUUGACAUUCCGAGUAAAUAGUAGUAUUCAACAUCAGCAUUAAAUUUCGAAUCGUAACCCCGUUCGUGCUUAUCACAGGCUGGGUGUGACCAC